UUUCUCAUGGUACGCCCACUCGUUGUUAAUGUGACAAUGUGAAAGUAAAUAAUUGCAAGCAUACGUAUACAGGCGGUGCGUCGAUGUUAGUUAUCAAGCGGAGACGAGAGCUCUCUAGCCUCUGACACGUACAAAUGAUUGUAAUUCGUUACACGAAUCUUUUCGGGCGUUGUGGAACGGUGCUUUAUCAUACGAUUCUGUGGAACGUUGAUAUCUUACGAUUAUGAGCGUGUUAUGUUCCGGACCACGUUGGCGGUCAACUGUCAACUGUCAGUUGCAAGUCGUGUAGAGAUACGGGAUCGUUUUUCAUGUUUUUAAUGUUACGAUUGAAAAAAUGCUAUGGCGUCCUCAGGAUCGCAUAAUGGGGAUGCUGAGACAGAAAGUGAUAAGUUUGAAGGCUCAAAGGUUGAUCGACAUGGUUUUCUUCAGGAUUCCAACUGCAGCACAGACAGCCUUGGAAAACAAGGAAUACCACCAGAGGUAAUGUUAAGGAGGGAAAGGAAAUGGAUACAGAUGUUAAACAAUUGGAGUUACUUCAUGAACACAAAUUACCGCAAAGUCAGGGAAAGAUGCAGAAAGGGUAUACCGCCAUCAGUAAGACUUCGUGCCUGGUUAAAUCUGUGCGGCGGUCAGUUGUUGAUGGAUACAAAUCCAAAUUUAUUCGAAGAGCUAGUGGAACGAUCCGGUGAUCCGAAAUAUAUAGAUGACAUUAAAAAGGAUCUCCAUAGACAAUUUCCCCAUCAUGUAAUGUUUAUCAGUGAAGCUCACGGACAGGAAGAAUUAUUCAAAGUACUGAAAGCGUAUUCCAUUUUAAAUAGUAAAGUUGGUUAUUGUCAAGCUCAAGCACCUAUUGCUGCAUUUUUGUUGAUGCAUAUGCCAGCAGUACAAGCGUUUUGGUGCCUAGUUGCAAUAUGUGACAAAUAUCUUAUCGGGUAUUAUAGUCAGGGGAUGGAAACGUUACUGCGUGAUGGAGAUAUACUGUUUGCUCUUUUGAAGAGAGUAUCUCCUAUUGCUUAUAAACACUUGAAAAAACAAAAGAUGGAUCCAAUUUUGUAUAUGACCGAAUGGUUCUUAUGUGUUUAUACGCGAACACUGCCAUGGGAAAGUAUUUUACGAGUAUGGGAUAUGUUUCUCUGUGAAGGGGUUAAAGUUAUAUUUAAAGUAGGAUUAGUAUUGUUAAAAGGCAGCUUGGGUCGUGCAUCAUUAGUUAAGCGUUGUCCAACAGUCUAUGAAACACUUCAAGUAUUAAGAAAUCCUCCUCAGCAAAUUAUGGAAGAGGAAGCUUUGGUCUAUCAGAUCCGGAAAUUAACUUUAACCGAAGAAGAUUUCGAAUACGAGCAUCAACGUCAGGUAUUAAAACGGAAAGCAGCAGAACAAGCGCCUUCCGCCGCUAAUCGGACAGACUGAUUAUAAGAAGAGAUGAAAAUAGUAUGUAAAACGAGUAACGUGUAAUGAGCUUACAGGUAUUACUCCAAAGUGUGCCUUCCUUUAUAUUCUUAAUACUGUACAGAUCCAUAUACUUUAUGUAGUCUUAAUUUUUCAAAGCAUAAAUCUACACAUAGCAAAGUUUAAAAGAGUACCUAACUUCUUUAUUACAAAUUUAAACAUAACUCUUGGAUAUACAUUCCCCAGACAGAUCAAAUAUAUAUAAACUUAUCCCUAUUUUCUUUAUCAUAAUAUAGUUACAAAGAUGCACAAUAUUUGUAGAUGUUUAUAGUAACGUUUAAUGUUGUAUUAUUUCGAGCAUAUCUCUAGUUAUUAAUUUUCAUACGAUUUAUUGAUAUUUAUGUACAA